GAUCGCAAAAAUGUGUCAAACAAAGAGUUUUUGACGGCAAACAAGUCGUUGAGUAUGUUUCCGGUGGCGAUGUCGCUAUUGGCCAGCUUUCAGAGCUCAGUCACUAUAUUGGGUUACCCUGCUGAAAUGUUCUAUAGGGGCACACAGUUCUGUAUUUGGAAGUUUGGCAGUCAAAAGGUUCGGUUAGCCGUUUCGUUCUCAUUCCUCUUGUGUACCAUUCCUUAUAUGGGAGUCGUCUUAUAUGGACCAUCACUUGCUCUCGGAUCAGAUUAUGAGAUGAGAUUAGUGAUGCAAUUACUUCACUCCAAUAAGUGUCUCAACAUCUGUACUAAUAAUCGGAAGCAUUUGCACACUCUAUACAUCAAUAGAAUUCGUGCAGUUGUUUGGACUGAUUUGGUUCAGGUGUUCCUCAUGUUUGCCGGACUCGUGGUGGUAAUGGUUCGGGCAUUUUAUUUAGUGGGAGGAGUGGACGAGGCGUUCAGAAUAGCUCACGAAAAGGGAAGAAUUCAGUUCUUUAACGUUCAAAUAGAUCCCUACUCCACAUCAACCCUAUGGAACUGUGUGUUUGGAAUGGGAAUCAUGUGGUCGGGAAAUUACGCGACGAGUCAGACAGAGGUUCAGAGAUAUUGCAAUGUGGUCUCAGAAGCAAAGGCUAAAUUGUCCUUGUACGUGAAUCUGAUUGGAAUGAUGCUAUUAAUCAGUUGUGCCUGCUUAUGUGGUGUAUCCAUAUUCGCUUACUAUAGUGGUUGCGAUCCCUUGGCUUUACGACUCAUUCAAAAGACGGAUCAGUUGAUGCCAUACUUUGUGAUGGAUCAGUUGAGUGUAAUGCCGGGAAUGCCGGGUCUAUUCGUCGCCUGUGUGUUCAGUGCAUCCCUCAGUACAUUGUCUUCGGGUUUCAAUGCCUUAUCUGCGGUCACUUUUGACGACUUCCUCAGUCGCUAUGUUUGGGUUCAGAAGCUGUCGGAAACUAAUGCCCGCAGAAUAAGCAGAACUCUAGCCUUUUGUUACGGUGUGAUUGCCAUCGGAAUGGCAUUUGUUGUCAGUCGACUUGACUCAGUCUUACAGGCCGCAAUAUCAAUAGCCGGAGCAUUAGUGGGCCCUAUGUUUGGACUCUUUCUACUCGGAGUUCUCUUUCCAUUUGCCAACACUUUUGGAGUUCUGUGCGGACUGUUUGCCGGAGAAUUUUUUGGGGUAUGGGUUUUGAUCGGUUCGCUCGUAAAUCCUAAACAACAGCCAUUUAUGGAGACUUCUAUAGAGGAUUGUCCAGCACAUAUGUUGGUCAACUUUACCCGAACCACCAGUUCUACCAUUGAAUCGGAAGGCAUACUGAGUCUGUAUCACAUCGCAUAUCUAUUAGUUCCUGUCUUUGGUUUCGCAAUUAGCCUAUCGAUCGGCGCUAUAAUGAGUCUACUCUCAGGUCAUUAG